AGCUUGGAGUCCUGCCGUCCUUGCGCCAUCCACGUUCCGGGGCUUUGGGAGCGCAGCUGGUUCUCUCUCUCUCUCUCUCUCAUUCUGUGUAUUUCUCUCCUUUGCCCAACUCAGCUUCCCGGGUUAAUUAGCAGUCUCGGCGUGUCGACUUCAUCCGGAGCCACACAAAAGGGAGCCAAGGGCUGGGAAGGAAGGAAAGAAGGAGGAGAAAGAGAAAAGCAGGUUGCUUCUCCAUUGGCACAGAGGAGGAGGAGAGGAAGGCUUUGCAUCCCCAAAGCAUCCAGGUAAGAAGCCAAAUAGAUGGGGAAGAGGCAAGGGGAGACAAAGCCUUGAAGCAGCCCUUGCUUAGAAAUGGUUGCCGUCUGAUCCGCCGGCCAUGGCGAACCGGAAAUGCCCCUCGGCCGCGGGAGGCCUCCUUGACCACCGGGCGAGGGCCUGCCCGACCCCGUCUCACCAACGCGAAGCCGAGGAAUGCGAGGAGCUGAACUCUCCGGCGGAAGAAGACGAAGACUUUGCGGAGAAGGAAGUGGACGGGAUGCCGGCGAGACCGGGGAGUCCGACGCCGGCGGAGCACGAGCAGAACGACAACAGCGGAGACGGGGACUCGAGCUCGGAUUACGUCAACAACACCUCGGAAGAGGAGGAGGACUACGACGAGGGCCUCCCCGAGGAAGAGGAAGGGAUCACUUACUACAUCCGCUACUGCCCGGAGGAUGACAGCUACCUGGAAGGCAUGGACUGCAACGGAGAGGAGUACGUCCCCCACGAGGAGCGCCCGCUGGAGACGGACGAGUGCCAGGAAGCGGUGGAGGAAGGGGAGUGGGCCGAGGGGAAAGUGGCCCGCCAGGUGGAGGUGACGGAGGCCACCGGCUACCACGAGGGCUGCGUCCAGAUCUUGGAAAGCGAGGUGGCCUGCUUGGAGAUCCAAGACGACCACAUCCAGUACUGCCACCCCGGCGACGAGGGCUACCCGAGUUACUACUCGCCGGAAGCGAACGGCAACUCGUACCACUCCGGGAAGGAGGUGGAGCUGGAGGACCAAGAGGAAGACAUCGACCAGAUCGUGGCGGAGAUCAAGAUGAGCAUGAGCAUGAACAGCAUCAACAGCGCCUCGGAGAUGAGCCCCGAGCACGGCGGGACCGAGAACGUGCCCAACGACUAUGCAGAGACUGGUCCCAAGGAGGAGGCCAGGCACGGGCCCAACCGGCCCCUGGGGAGGCCCAAGUCCCUCAACAUCCCCCCGGCCUCCAAGCCGGGCGGAGAGGCCCCGAGGGGCUUCAAGAGCAAGUCCAGGACCCCCGAGGAGAGGCAGGCCUGGCCUCAGGAUCAGGUGUGUAAUGGGUUGGAGCAGCCCAGGAAGCAGCAGCGGUCGGAUCUCAACGGACCCAUCGACAACAACAACGUGCCAGAGACAAAGAAGGUGUCGACCUUCCCAAGUUUUGUUGACGUUCCCGGACCUUGCGAACCCGAGGACCUCAUUGACGGCAUCAUCUUCGCCGCCAAUUACUUGGGCUCCACGCAGUUGCUCUCCGAGCGCAACCCCUCCAAGAACAUCCGCAUGAUGCAGGCCCAGGAGGCCGUCAGCCGCGUCAAGAGGAUGCAAAAAGCUGCUAAAAUCAAGAAAAAAGCGAGCUUGGAAGGAGACGCCCAGGCCUUGACCGAAGUGGAUCUGUUCAUCUCUACGCAGAGGAUCAAGGUGCUGAAUGCAGAUACGCAGGAGACCAUGAUGGACCAUGCGCUGCGCACCAUCUCCUACAUCGCCGACAUCGGCAACAUUGUGGUCUUGAUGGCCCGGCGCCGGAUGCCCCGGUCGGCCUCCCAGGACUGCAUCGAGACCACCCCGGGGGCCCCGGAGGGGAAGAAGCAGUACAAGAUGAUCUGCCACGUCUUCGAGUCGGAGGACGCGCAGCUGAUUGCGCAGUCCAUUGGGCAGGCCUUCAGCGUGGCCUACCAGGAGUUCCUCCGCGCCAACGGCAUCAACCCGGAGGACCUGAGCCAGAAGGAGUACAGCGACAUCAUCAACACCCAGGAGAUGUACAACGACGACCUCAUCCACUUCUCCAACUCGGAGAACUGCAAAGAGCUGCAGGUGGCGAAGCACAAGGGGGAGAUCCUGGGCGUGGUGAUCGUGGAGUCCGGCUGGGGCUCCAUCCUGCCCACCGUGAUUCUGGCCAACAUGAUGAACGGGGGGCCUGCCGCUCGGUCGGGGAAGCUGAGCAUCGGGGACCAGAUCAUGUCCAUCAACGGCACCAGCCUGGUGGGGCUCCCGUUGGCCACGUGUCAAGGCAUCAUCAAGGGCUUGAAGAACCAGACGCAGGUGAAGCUCAACAUCGUCAGCUGCCCUCCGGUCACCACCGUCCUCAUCAAGCGGCCCGAUUUGAAAUACCAGCUGGGCUUCAGCGUCCAGAAUGGAAUCAUCUGCAGCCUGAUGAGAGGUGGGAUUGCCGAGCGAGGAGGGGUCCGCGUGGGUCACCGCAUCAUCGAGAUCAACGGGCAAAGCGUUGUGGCCACCGCGCAUGAAAAGAUCGUGCAAGCUUUGUCCAACUCUGUCGGAGAGAUCCACAUGAAGACCAUGCCGGCCGCCAUGUUCCGGUUGCUCACUGGGCAGGAGACGCCGCUGUACAUCUAACGCGAGGCUCAACCUCCUUGUCUCUCUCAUAUCAAAAGAACGGGACCAUUCUGCCGAAGAUCCGAACCCUUCAAGUGGGAUUUUGUGCUCCGUCAGAACGGAAAAAGGUUUGAACCGAGUCCGGGAUAUUCUGGCGUCUCAGUGGAUCUCCGCUUCUUUGCCUUUUCUUUUCCUCCUCCUUUUCCUUUCCAUUUCUCUCCAUCUUUUGGGUUAUUAUUUUUCCCCAAUUAUUGCCAAAAGAGGAGGCUGUUCCUAUGGACCACUGGCGGCGUCACCUUUUUUGCAAGAUCCUCGGCAAAUCUCUUUCCUUGGGGACGCGAAAUGCCGCUGCAAACGGGGGAAGCGUGUGAGUGAGGAAGCUGCCAAGAAACCGGGGCUUUUGAAUAACACCGCGGCUGCCCUCGAUCCGCACCUUUGGCUUCCAGAUUUCCUGAAAAAUGACCAAGAAUGUAUGCAAUGUUAAGGGCCAAGCGGGUGGGAGGGACAAACAAACACACAAACAAAACAAACAAAUGGAGGGACGUGUUUGAUGCUAAACGAGGGAAAGAGUCGUCAUUAGUAUUCUUAUUGACAAGUGUAAUUAAUGUGAGUUUUAAUGGACCGUGACUUAAGUGUGAAACAGGAUCAGCGGGUGGGGCGGGCGUGGAUUUCGGGGGCGGGAUUUUGGGGACAUGUAAUAAAAUAAUUUCCGACUAUUUAUUUAGACGAGGUGCUUUUGGGGGCGAGCGGAGGUUUGUAGCGACAGCCUUCCAUCGACCACCCUUGGGUUGAACCUGAGUUUACUACCACAGGAAAGCCAUGCUUUACAGAUACAAUUUUUUUUACAAACGUGUCGAAAUCUCGUCCGGUUGGGGUCGUUCUCUCUGUUUUAUUAUGACAAUGAUUAAUAAUAACUUUACUUUUUCCUGAGCCAUUUUUUUCUCUGUGUGUGUGUGUGGACCGAAUGUAAAACCGGCUGCAAACGGGGAGGGGACGUCACCCGCCGUCGACAGUAUUAGACUUUGUGGAGACAAUACAACCAAGUACUAGUAAUAAUCGUGUUUCAUGAUGAGAUAAAUGUCAACUGAUGUAACUUUUCUGUCUUGAUUUUCCUUUUUCCUCCUCAACUUUGGGCCAAGGCCUUGAAGGAAACAAACAAACCAACAAGCCAACCAACAAACAAUACACUGUGACAAUACAGGCGCCUUACCUUGCAGUCACAAAGGCGCCAGGAUGACUGUACUUCAAGGAGUAAAGCCGUAGAGCUCUGUUGCAUGCAGGUGACCCUAGGAGAGAGACUUACUCUAGACUCACUAAUAAAUUUGGAGUAAUAAAGCA